GAUUCCUUCUGAUUCCAACAUUUUUCGUUCGUUUUGCAACUCCUUCUCCUUCUCUGGUGGCGGCACUGCAACUGCAAACAACCACCGCCAUCACCACCACCACCACCACCAUGCCAUUCUCUUCACUCACCUUCACCCUCUCCAACUCCUCCACCACACCCACAUGGACCACCGCGAAUCAACCCACUCCACCAUUCCACACUCUUCAACCCACCCCACCACAAACCUUCUCCAUCUCCCUCCACAAACCGCACCUUUUCAGGAUCCACUGCACCAAACCAGAUCCACUCGCCCCGUUACCUAAACACGAUCCUACGUUUCAGCCCGCAAUUGGCGGAAACGACGACAACAACAACGGCGGCGAUGGCAGCGGAGGUGGCGGCGGUGAUGAAGGGUCAGGAGGCGGCGACGACGGUGAUGAGGAAUUCGGACCGUUGUUGAACUUUGAAGCGGUUAUGAAGGAAACUGAAGCUCGGGGUGUGAAGUUGCCUUCUGAUAUGGCAGAAGCUGCGAAGAGCACAGGCAUUAGGGAAAUGUUUCUUCAACGUUACUUGGAAUUGCAGGGUUCUUCUUGGCCACUGUCUUUUCUGAUUGAGCAUUGUUCUAUGCUGAGAAAUCGAAUGCUAGCUGACCCUUCUUUUCUUUUUAAAGUUGGAACCGAGAUUGUUAUAGACUCUUGUUGUGCAACUUUUGCGGAGGUUCAGAAAAGAGGCAAGGAUUUCUGGGCUGAGUUUGAGUUGUAUGCUGCUGAUCUUCUGGUUGGGGUGGCUGUUGAUAUUGCUUUGGUUGGUCUGUUGGCACCGUAUGCUCGAAUCGGCAAGCCUUCUGUGUCAAAAGGUUUACUUGGACGAUUUCAACAUGCUUGUGCAGCCCUUCCUAGCAGUGUUUUUGAAGCUCAAAGACCAGGAUGUAAAUUCUCUGUGAAGCAGCGUAUUGCCACAUACUUCUACAAGGGUGCCUUGUAUGGAUCAGUUGGAUUUGGAUGUGGUAUAAUUGGUCAAGGAAUUGCUAAUGCAAUCAUGAAUGCCAAAAGGAGCAUUAGCAAAUCUGAAGAGGACAUACCUAUACCUCCUCUUCUGCAAAGUGCUGCUCUUUGGGGUUUCUUUCUUGCUGUCUCAUCCAACACGCGUUAUCAGAUUAUUAAUGGACUGGAAAGCCUUGUCGAAGCAUCUCCGGUUGCGAAGAAGGUUCCACUUGUUGCAAUGGCUUUCACUGUCGGCGUGCGAUUCGGUAACAACAUCUAUGGCGGUAUGCAGUUCGUAGACUGGGCCAAAUGGAGUGGCGUACAAUAAGUGCCCUUGUUUUCACUUCCCAGUCAUUGUUUGGAGUUUUCAUCCAAAUUUGGGGCUAGCAAAGGUUCUUAUUCAAAUUAAGAAGGAAAGCUCCCAUCAUUUUUUUUCAUCUGUUGAGCAUCCGUUGUGUGAUGAAAAGAGGAUCAUAGCCAUCCACUCAUGCCCGCUUUUUCUUCUCUACAACUUCAUUUCUUCUUUUCGAUUUUCGACAUCAUUAUUAUGUAACUUAGUUGUUUCAGAUUUGAUCUAGAGGUAUUAGGCUUCAUUUAACUGGGCAUGGUCUUAAGUUAUCAAAUUCAUCUAUUUGGGUACUGUUAGCAUGGGAAAAGAUAACUUCAAAACCCAAAAAAAGCAUGGGGAAAGAUAUUUUGCAAUCUUUUUUGGAGUAAAAUUAGCCAUUAUUCUCAUCAA